AUGUCUAGCGCUGCACCGACUGAACAACAAACACAAACAGCCGAUGAGCGUAAAUCUCAUCAAGAUGUUCUGGCAGGAGUUGCACCAUGCCAGUAUCUUAAUGAUAUUUACAACCAGCCAAUUAUAUUAUUCGAAGAAUUAGGCAACAGAGUUGCUGAAUUCCUCAAAACACCUCGCUAUUCAGAAAUACCACCAUAUAUGGAGAUCCCAAUCACAGAAUCUUACAAAAUGUUUGUAAACGAAUUUAAUAACGUCCCACGCGAACAAGUCUUCAGCCCACCACAAACUAUUGUAGAUUACACGCAAUAUCUUUCACAACAAAUUCCACAAAAGGCUUGCUUCCAAAUUGCAAAUGCUUGGCCUAUUGCAAUUCCAAGAAUUUCAAAUACAAUGGAGCCAUUAGCUGCUAUCUUAAUUAAGAUGGUUUCUGAGGCUAAUGACCCAACAGCAAUGCUCAGAUUCUUCUCAGGGGUAUUAUUCCCAAAGGUUUGGACAAACAAACCAACAGCUCAAAAUCCAGUUCUUCUUGCCGCUUCUCCUUGCAAGUUCAAGGGCAAGUCUGGCCAUUGGGCAUACAUUCUUCGCGAAUCAAACGAAUUCUUCAUUGUUGGAUACGAUAAGAAGACAAGUACAUUUGUUACAAAGAUUCAAGGCAUUGUAUCAGCCUGUGCUAUGUCAAAGAAUGAGGAAAGCGUCAUUGUAAAGGGCGAUGCAGGUCGUAUUGCUGAUUUUACACCACUUGACAAAGAAGUUGUUCCAUUAUGGACACAUUUGUAUAAGGGUGAGAACAGCAGUGAUGAAGAAGAAGAGUCCAGCGAUAAAACAGAAAAGAAAGAGGUUCCAUUCCCUUAUUUCUUUACAAAAAUCGAUACAUACAUUCCAGAUAUUGUUUACAACGCCUUCUACGAGACAUGCAUUGCCAACGACCUCAUAGUUCUUCGUACAUGCAUGUUACUUGACGCUCCUUACGAAAUUGCCGACGCUCUUCUUACAAUUGCCCUCCACAGCCGCAAGGUUCAUACAGUUUUCGCAUCUGUUGCCUCUUUCAUCCUUGAAGAUGAUAAUUGCAACCCAAUGGAGGUUAUUUCCGGCCGUAACUUCUUCUGCCGCUUCACAAUGGCACUUUACGAGCGUUUUGUUUCAGAUUACAUCAACAAUUUCAUGAAGAAACUCGUUGUUUAUAUUGAUUCUCAUUCUAAACUUGACGAAAAGCUUUUCUUCUCAGUAAUCAAGUACAUCACAAUGUCCUCUCAAUACAUUCCAAUUCAGAUUCGUCAUUUCGCUUCAAUUCUCCGCUCAUACGCCGCAAUGAAGUUUAAUUCACGUGGAUUCGUCUAUCUUCUCCUCGGCGCCAUCUUCGGCAUCACAUUUGUAUGCGAAGUCAUUGCCAAACCAACCCAAGUUUUCGAAGAUUACACUCCAAAGAAUCCAGAACUUCUCAAAACGAUCAGCAACAUGCUCAAAUUCGUUUUCCGUGGUGCAGUACUUCCAGAUCAAUUUGCAUCCGCCAACAAACGCAUUGUUAAGCAUGUUCUCCCAACAAUGGAAGAAUUUCUCUUCUCUCUCGGCGACAUAGCCGACGAAUUACCUGUUUAUUCCGCUCCAUCCCAAGAGAAGACAGCCACAGCCGUUGCCCAGGUCUUCAACUUCAUUCUUUCUCAUCCACAAGAAUUCAGAAAAGUUUAUGAUGGAAAUCUGAUCGAAAACAUCACAUAUCCACCACAAAUCGGCUGGAACUUCUCUGUCGCAAUCGGAGACUUCUUCAGACAGUUCUACGACCGCGGCGCAAAGAGAAACAAAGGAAAUACAGUCCAAAAAGUCAAACCGCCGCCACUCAAAUUCCCACAACUUCCUAUGUACGGCGUCAUCUCCGCAAAGAAGCUUGGAGGCGGAGGUGGCAACGUAUCAUACGGAGGCGGUGCUUUCGAGGGCUCUUCCUUCGGUUUGCCUGCACGCGAGAGAGACUUGAAUUUGCCACCGAAAAACUACGCGAUGAGAUUACCUUUGAAGCCGCGUAACCAAGACCACAAUCCUCUUAAGAAGGAUUUGCCUGAUGACGAUGAUCUCACUACAAUUUCUGAUGCUCCUCCAAUGCAAGCGAGAAGUCGUGCCGCUGACAACAUUUCGUAUCAGCCUCCUCUUCCUCCUCCAAAACUCAAAGUAUCUACAAACGCAAAGGAAGUCAGUGCAACAGAGACUUUCUCUAUUUCAGAUACUACUGAUGACGGAGGAGAACUCGCACGUGGAAAAGAAGCACCAAGUUACAUGGAUACAAAUGACAACGACCACCACAAGAAGGGAAGGAAACAGAAAGUGCACAAGAAGAUUGUCAUCAAGGACUCUGGAAUUAGUGGUUCUAAGGCUGAGUUGAUAACUCAGAAGGUAGUUAAUGAUGGAAAGUCUAAAGUCAUCGUUAAUACAAUUAGAAAGACACCGAGAGGCGUUGUCAAUGAUAAUGAUUCUGUCUAA